AUGGAUAUUCUGUUCCAGACGUGUACUCUGCUCGAAGAUCUCCGUUUGGAGUGUUCGUUCCGUGCUGCCAUUCCUACGUCGAUCGAACGGCUCACAUUGCUCAGGAACCUGCAUCUCGAAACAAGCGCCACGCGUCUUCCCGACACAUUGACCUCCUUGCAGUCUCUCAAAAACCUCGUGCUGCACGCUUCCCGUCUCGAGGCCUUACCUCAAGAAUUCGGCAAUCUGGUUCUCCUAACGUCGCUUGAGCUGCACGGGUGCAGCUCCCUGGCGUCGUUUCCAGAAUCCUUCGGUCAGCUUUCCAGUCUGAGCCGUCUCUCUCUCAACAACUCUUCAAGGUUGCGCCUGCCGGCCUCUCUCACUGGACUUUCUUCUCUCACUGCCCUGGAGGUUCGAGAUUGCGAGUUUUCUCUCCCGCCACCCGUCGAUUUCACUCAACUGUCGAGGCUCGAAACUCUCAUCAUGGAAGAAGUAACGGGACUGCACGACCUUAUCGAGGCUCUGGAGCAUCUUCGGCGGCUCAAGAGUCUAAUCUUGAAAAACUGCAUCGAGAUAACGUCGCUGCCGGAGUCUCUUUUCCGCCUGCCUUCACUCACCAGUCUCACGCUUCACAUGGCAGAAAUAUCAGCUCUGCCUGACGAUAUUGGGCGCUUGUCCAAGCUACAGACACUCGUGCUGGAGUUGGAAGAGCUCACAACUCUUCCUGAUUCAAUCUCUCUGGUUACCACGCUCCAAGAGCUCUCCCUCAGAAACCUUUCCUACCUGUCGUCACUGCCCGAGAACUUCGGGCAGCUGAUUGCUCUUCAAAAGCUGCCCCUGAUCAGCCUUGGCCAGCUCACAGGCCUGCCCGAAUCCCUCGGGCAGUUGACAGCUCUUCGGGAGCUGAAAAUCGUGGAGUGUAGGCAGCUGAAGCAACUUCCUGACACCCUAUCCCAGCUUUCUUCUCUCGAGCACCUGACAAUCGAGAUUUGUCCGGACCUCUCGGUCCUGCCCGAUGAAAUGGGGAACGGUAUGCAGCAGUUGCUCUAUCUGCAUUUGGAGCACUGCUCGUCUCUCACCCACCUUCCUCCAUCCUGCUCCGCCCUGAAGUCCCUUGAAACCCUCAAGAUCGUGCAAGCUAAACGCUUCAGAGGCACCCUACUGGACGGCUUCUGCUGCUUGACAAGCCUCAAGGAGUUGGUGCUGCAAGGCAUGCCUCGACUAGCCGCCCUUCCUGCCUCCUUCUCAGGCGUCUUUUCACUCACCAGCCUGGAAAUUAUCAAUUGCCCUAAAGUACCGGAUUUUCCUGAGGGGAUCGGACGGCUGGAGGCGCUUGAGGAGGUCAGGAUCGCACGGAUGGGCUCCCUGAAGCGUCUCCCUGCGUCGCUUGUUGAGCUGCCCCGAGUUAGGGUGUUGGAGGUGCGGGUAUGUGAUGGGGUUGGCGCGUUACUAGGAGAUGAGAUAGUGCUGAAACGCACUACCAAGGGUGGUCCUUCGGUAAUUUUCGACAGCACCGCCAGCAGCAGCAGCAGGAAACUUCUUCCAUCCGUUCGAAGCCUCAAGAUAAGGUCUCUCCCUUUCCUAACCAUCGGCCCGUCCCUUGGCCAGCUCUCCUCUCUAACGAAGCUGAAGAUCAUAGAGAUGGAUAACCUUUUAGCACUCCCUGAGUCCAUCUCUCGACUCUCGCAGCUGAAAAAGCUCCGAAUCGAUUUUGCCUUGAAGAUUGAGGCACUGCCGGCCAGCUUGGGAGGGCUGUCAGCGUUGAGGGUCUUGCAACUGCGUUAUUUAAGAAUACGGGAGCUGCCCGAGUCAUUCGGGCAGCUGAAAAUGCUCGAGACGCUGGAAAUCAUUGACUGCGACAAGCUGAAGAAACUUCCAGGAUCCUUCGGGAAUCUGUCCAAGUUACAAGUCUGUACCUUCACCAAGCUUGCGAUCUCGACAUUUCCAGUCAACUUCUGGAAGCUAUCUUCCCUCCAAGAGUUGGUUCUCUUGGGGUUAAAGCAUCUCCGCAGCUUGCCAGAGUCAUUCUCUAAGCUGCCUAAGCUACAGGUGCUGCUGGUGAUCGUGUGCAAAAAUCUAGCUCACCUGCCGUCUUCCAUCCGGAGAAUGCCGACUUUGCGUUUGAUGUUAGUGACUGCCCUUUGCUUUCACGGGCAGACAGGAGGGGGAUUCGCGCACGGCGAAGAUGACGGGGAUGAAGAUGGCUGGGGGGCGAGCGAUGAGGAUGAGGAGGAUAACCCGUUGUUUUAG